GCGCGUGAGCCAGCGUGAUGGAACCGGCUCGUUUCGGGUAGCGGUGCCAUGGAACCCAUCUUUGCCUCCGACGACAUGCACGUGAGCGCCAACGGCGGGGCAGCCUUCAACGGGGCGGCCAGCGCCAGCCACGCUGUCCACGCGGUCAACAACAUCAGUUCCUGGGGCAACGUGAUCGCAGCCAACGCCAGCAGGGCACGCAAGCUGGCCCGCAGGGACGACCUCGCCGCGGCAAAGGUGGUGGGCAUCUGGCUCGGCUGCUUCUUCAUCAUCUUCCUGGUGGUGGGCAUCCCGAACUACAUCCAGAAGAAAAUGCGCGAGGCGCAGGAGAACAACGAACGGAUGUCGGCGCUCGAGGGAAUAGAGCGGCGGCUCUCCACGGGCGAGCUCCGGAGUUCCGAGUGACGCCCCACCCCGUUGGCGGCGCUGGCCGGGGUCGCAUCGACGUCGACGACGCGCGAUCCAACAGCAACGAUCCAGCCGCCGCGAUCGGGCCCCCACGCCAAGGAAGCAGAAACUGCCACCACUGUGCGAUACCGCACCACCUACAUCGGCAGUGUCGGUUGGACUCGCGUAACACUCUUGACCGUGUCCGAGACCCAGACGUCAGCGACAUGACGAUACUUACUAUACGUGAAGUUCACGCCGCCGAGGAUCGCACGUAUGCGCUGUGGUGACGCAUAAAGGCCGAUGUGCUCCACCGCGCGCCAAGUCGCGUAGCCGUACCCACGAGUUCAAAUGAAUGCGCUCACAAUAA